AGGACCGAUCAGCCCGUACGGGUCGAAGAUCAUGGCCAUGUCUGAGGCCACGACACGCUUCGUGAUCACUGCAACGUCGUUCCACUUUGGCGAUCUGAAACGGAAACAGUCCGUACUUGGCUCCCAGACGAGCCCGAGCGUCUUGACGGUUGCGUCAGACGUGUCCAGUUCUAGCAGGGUCCGUUCGUCGCGAAGAUGUUCCGGGACGUCGAGCAGGAUGUCUCGGGAGUUAGAAUGCCACUUUCGCAACGAGAAUCCGCCAGAUUCCAUCAGAUCGACCAUUUCGGCGACUAGCUCUUUUCCUUCUGCGACCGUGUGCGCACCUGCCAGCAUGUCGUCAACGUAGAAGUCACGUUUGAGGACCUUGGCAGCGGAUGGAUGCGUCUUUUCUCCGAUCUCACCGAGUUUUUGCAAGCACUUGGUCGCUAAAUACGGCGCAGACGCCGUUCCGUACGUGACAGUUGUCAGCUCGUAGAUUCGGAUGGGUUCGUCAGCAUUGUCUCUCCAAACGAUUCUCUGCAGUCUCUGGUCGUCAGGCUGGACGCGAAUCAUACGGUACAUCUUGGCGAUGUCAGCGACGAUGGCAACAGCGUGAAGUCGAAAGCGUAGCGCAAUGUCCAGUAAAUCGUCCUGCACAACUGGUCCCACCAUGAGCGCAUCGUUCAGAGCAACUCCGGUAGACGUGCGACACGAAGCAUCAAACACCACGCGGAGCUUCGUAGUGGUGCUGUCCGGCCUCAAGACGCAGUGGUGUGGCAGGUCUGGAUUCGCUGACAGCCGCUUCUCCAGUCCCAGGAAGCGUUUGAUGGCUGUUGAUCUGGACUCACCGAGACGCUGGACAGCGUACUUCUUUUGGGCAGCGUCACAACAAAUCUGCCAGUCUCAUCACGAACCGUCGUCUCCUCGAACAGCUGCUCGCACAAGGAUUCUUCGAUCGAGUGCGUGCUCUUGGUGCGGCACGUUUCCAGUUCCCAAAAUCUGGUCAGCAGCUCGUCGAUUGCCGCGACGGAUACGAGAGACGUCGAUUCUGGAACGCUGCCGGGAAGCCGGCCGGAAAUGAUCCAACCGAACACCGUGUUGUGCAGCGUGGGACCGUCUGCAGCUGGUUUCACCCGUUCGUCCGUCAGCAAGUCCAUGUAGAACUCGGCACCGAUAAUGACGUCCACUGGACCGGUUUUGUGGAACUCCGGAUCAGCCAGGAACAUCCAGUCGGGCAGCUGAAUUGUAGCCGGGUCGAUGUACGACGUCGGCAACGAGAUGUUGAGCUUGGGCAGGACGUGGAACUGCAUCUCCGACUCGUACGCUGAAAUCCGAUCAGAACGCGGACCGACAUCUGCACGCACGAGCUGCGUCGACACGCAACGCGA